AUGAGCGCAACCACACUCACAGCAGCGCGAUUCUCGCAGAGGGUAAUCAAAGAUGCGCACAGUAUCGCCCAGGACUCCCAGAACUUGACUUUCGAUGCAAAGCCAAGCAUCGAAACGGCGCUAAAAUUGCUGACGGCUCCACAAACCUGCCAAAUGUACGGCCGUCAGCUCUCCUAUCUAGAUCGCCUCGCCUCUCGAACCCGCACAUGUGGGGGAGUCCUCCUUUCUGAAAUUUCCUCGUUCACGAAAUUACUCACAGUGUUAGAAGACAAAUUAUCAGAAGUACCAGACUACAAAGUCGCAAUCAAACAGUUAAUCUCCGUAAUCACAGGCGCCCUGCUCAAGCAGAGAACUUCUGAUGAAACAAAUUUUGCAAAUGACACUGUUCAAUUAUUAGAAAAGGUCGUCAUGCUUUUGAGAAUCGGCGAUUUUGAGCUUCGGCAUGGAAUCAUAAGAAUGAUUGAAGCAUUCUGGUCAGCAGAACAAGUCGAUAGCGAUGUAAGAAAAGUUCGAAGCGGACAUCUGAAGGACAAUAUUCACGAGAUCAGACCUUGCACCAAAGAUUAUCAACAGUCGAUUGUCGAAAGAUCAAAUAUUAUUGUAACUAUUAUCCAGGCCAUGGCUCUAUACAGUAGCGAUCACAAACUCCGGCUCUUUACUCUUACUGUAUUGGAAAAAUUGACGAUGACUAGUUCACUGAAUUGUGAGAAAUUCGUCAAAGCAAAGGGCCCAGAGUAUGUGGUACUGUUGAUGGCUGAUGCUAACAAGCAACUGCUUCACAUGCUGAUCGAUCUUAUCUGGAACUCGCUUGAAAACGGUCCUAAAGAUCAAGUUGUUCUUCAGCUCAAAGGAAUGACAUCGUUAACAUCAAUGUCCGCCGCGUUCCGGAAGCUUUUACGAUCGCCCCUUUCCGAAUCUGACAAGCAAAUGCGCAACGAUCUUUUGACAAUUUUCAUGCAACUUGCGCGGGAAUGCCCCGCUGCAGCCUUCAUCGAAACCAAGUUUCUCGCUGACCUGAUCAAAUUUGGCUGCUCCCAAAGCUCAAGACACUUGACGAAUGCAUCAGCCGAUUUCGAAUUUAUACAAAUGCUUCUGACAUGCGUUACAAUAUUAACAGAGGACUCGGGCUCGUUGAGAGCAAUUAGCGAGACAAAUUUUAUGGAAUUUCUGCUACUACCCGUUCAAAAACUUGAUGAAACAUAUCCAACAAGAACAGUUUAUCAAUGGUCUAUCGCUCAGAAAGAAGAGCUCCAGCUACUAUCAUUAUCAUUGUUGGCAACGAUAGCGCCAAAACUAGCAAAGAAAUUUUAUGAUCUAACUGGACCCCAUCUUCUGAUGUCCUUCCUCUUUUGGUCCUUCCAGACUGACUUCAGUGGACACGGAAAUGGAAUUCUCGCUACUGGAGGUCGUGGAUCGGCUCGUGCUCAAUGUCGACUUGCUCUAAGAGUCAUUCGAGCACUUUGCUCUGAAACAGACGGUCUCGAUGGAAUCAAAGAUCAUUUGAUCACGAGUUUCUUGCAGGAAGGCGUAAUGGAGCUUCUAUUAUUGACUCUUGCGAAUGUCAACAAUAUCACUGAAAACAAAGUCAAUGAUUUUGUUUACAUAGAAGAUGAUCAAAUUGAUCUGGAAAUGCAAGAAGACAUGCUCGUCAUUAUCUCAUUGAUUUGCGAAUCUGAUCCAGCUCACAAAGAAGCCUGCGUGGAAACAAAACUCGUGCAGAUCAUUAUUCAUUACCUCAGAGAUUUACCUGGUAAAGUCGUUUCUGGACUCCGAUGCGAUCAGCUGCUUCUUGGAGUUUUGGACUGUCUUUUCAACAGCAUUCUCGGAAACGAAGGUGCAGAAGAUAAAUUCUUAGCACUUGAAGGCGCUUUCUUACUCGCCGAUCUGUUGCAGAAAACGCCCUCUGAAAUGCAUCCAAUCGUUUUGAGCAGUCUUGUCGAGCUGACUGAGAAUCCAAAGUCUAUCAGGCACUUGCUGACUUGGAGAGGAACUGACCCUAAUAAUGCUAAUCAAUUCAUCAGUUUGCCACAGCUUCUUAUCCAACUUUGGCGAGACGAAGAAAAACGAAUCGGAGUUCUAAGAGGCCCUCUUGGCGAGCUUGUGGAUAAAGAAUUCCCUCUCGCUGGAGAAAGCCAAAGAAAUGCGAUCAUCAACCAGACAGAAAUCAUUCCCGGUCUCGAGAGCGCUGCCCUUGGAGAGAUGUCCGAAAACACGAGGACGAGAAUUUACUGUCUUUUGAGUCGCAUCGGUUUCGGCGAUCUUCCUGGUGUUCAAGCUCAAUCUGGCGACUUUGUCACCUUGGCUGUCAUCGAAAAGUAUUUUAAUUUGAAAAUCGGAGAAGUCUGGGAUGAAGUCUUCAAUGAAUUGGAAAAUGAAAAUACCAAAUUAAUCGAGGCUGAUGCUGAAGCAGCAGAGACGAUCAAAACAUCAAAACGCGAACGCGCGAAAGUUAUUAUCAAUCUCCAGGAGGACCUGAAGGUCGCGAAGACGCAGCACGAGAAUCACGAGGAGCGACAGUUGUUCAACAAGAUUCGCGAAAAGUAUCGACAAAACGGAAAGAUGGUCGAGAAAUGGGAGGAUUAUGUGGACAGAACUUCCAAGUAUGCGACGCUUCAGGCAGCCAAGCACAACAUGGUCAACCAGAUUGAACAGUCGAGAACUCGACAGGACUCUGACGCUACUCACCAUAAGUUGAACCUCGAUUUGACGACAACCACAUUCCAAGGUCGACAUAUUUUCGUUGAAUCCACGCCAUCAGAACUCGCUCGAAACUCUGAAGCAAGAUAUGAGACCAACUGA